GGGGGCGCUGGAGACGCCGGGGUCACGUCGGGGGAUGGGCUGUGCACGCUGCCCGAGGCGCCCGGCAGGGGGACGGCGCGCGCUGGGCCAUGAGGCGGGGCCCGGGCCCAAAGGGCCUCCUCGGUCGCCGGGGCUGGGCUUCCCGAGUGAGAGCGCGGACUUUGCGCAGCGCCCCUCGCCUCUGCCGCCCGGAGUGCCAGGGCGCGCCUCCCAGGGACCAUGUCCCAGCCCCAUGGCCCUCGAGACCCUUCCGGGGCUCCUCGCCCUCCGAGGCGGCCCUAAGCCCGGGCGGACUGAGGGGGCCUGUAAGAAGGCAAAGAGAAGCCUGGGCGCACCCCCAUGAUGCCCAGCCUGCGGGCCUCUCCCCCAGAAGAGGGAAGAAGAAACCCGUGUCCGUGUCCGGCGCGGAUGAGGGCGGCGUCCCGGGUCUGGACCUGCAGCCUCCACGACAUUGCGCGCCGGAGAGCUCGAAGGUCCACGCAGCCCCGGUCUCCAGGAGCCGGGGAAGGGGUCCUGGUGCCAGGAAGGGGCGCCGGGGAAGUUCCCGCGCUACGAGCCACCGGGGUGACACGGCCCGCCGCGCCCCGGCGCAGGAGGCGGUGCAGGCGGUGGGCCGGGGCCACAACCGGGCGCGGCGCUCAGGAGUGGAGCCUGGGCUCCUGGGCUGGGGGUCAGCUCAGAGGGCCGGAUGCACAAAGGUUCCCGAGACACAAACGCUACUGCGGGUCGGUCCAGAGCACGGAGCCCGGGGAAGGCGCGGGACAGCCCCGAGGAGCGCGCUUCUCAAUCCUCUCGGUUUCCGCUACCCUGCUCGACGCAGGACACCCUUGGAGUUGGUGGGGACGCAAGUUGAAGGGACCCGGGUAUCCCCAGCCUCCCUCUGCCCUGGAGGUCGUUGCAGGACAGAAGUCACUUCAUCAGAAGCAAGCCCUCCCCGAAGAUUCACACAGUGGCAUGACUGCAGGACCCUGCAAGGUGCCCCUGGCUGGGUGGGCACCCUCUCCUCCACAGGGACAAACUGAGGCAGAGGUCUCCUGGCUCCUGAAGCAACAGCUUCCUGAGGUCAUCUCAUCCAACCCUCACAGCAGCUCUAGAGACAGGUAGCACUGCCCCCUGACCGGUGAGGAGACCAAGGACCAGAAACGGAACACUGGGCCACCGCCAGGAGGAGGAGGGUGCGGUGGAACCAGGACCCAAACCCACGCCUCUCAGACCCCGAGCUCCCCUCCUGAGCACCUGCAUCCUGCCUCCGUUUAGCAAAUUGCGCAGCCUCUCCAAGCCUCUCUGCCCUCCUGUGCACCAACGGUGUCCGGCUCAAGGUUUGGGUUCAAUAAGUACUGUGGAAUGGAUGAGUGAAUGAGUGAAUGAAUGAAUGAAAUCCCAGCCGUCUAUACUGUACGCGGUAGAGUCUGCACACAGCAGGCCCCGUCACCGGCUUAGCAGCUCCUCUCAGGAGCCUCUGGAGUGCCGGACCCGGGAGGCGUCCCUUCUCUGCCCGGCACAUAGGCUCAGGCCUCCGAGAGACCGGCCCAUUCUGGUUUUCCCUUUAGAGCCACCGAAAUGCCUUCACCUGGGCAGGUACCAAACGGAUCUGCUUUGGUAACUGCAGGGGUCCUCAAACCAGGGCCCGUGGGCCACAUGAAAAUACAAAUAUUGUAUUUGUUCCCGUUUUGUUUUUUUACUUCAAAAUAAGAUAUGUGCAGUGUGCAUAGGAAUUUGUUCAUAGUUUUUUUUUUUAAACCAUAGUCCGGCCCUCCAACGGUCUGAGGGACAGUGAACUGACCCCCGGUUUAAAAAGUUUGAGGACCCCCUGAACUAGAGAAUUGAAGGAACCAGGUUCACGUCUACUUUUCUAUCCAGAGAGGCCAGAAUAUAUCCAGGCCUCUUGUUUUCGUUAAGCAUUUCUGUGUAAGUGAGGACUGUGUCAGGCCUCUCUCUAUGCUGGGGUCUGUCUCUCCAGCCCCGCCAGGUGCGAGCACCCCACGCCCAUGUGUAUUUCCUCUAGAAUCCACCCAGCACAUGACAUACAUCCCACCCCCCCCCAACUUUCAGGCAAAGGGGGGCUAGAGAGAAAGGGAGCUAUGGAACAGCAUCGGCAAGCUUCCCAUGCCCCCGGUGUGCCCUGGCCCAUCCCCACACACAGCUUCGAGACAGUGCGGCCCCAGAGGCCUUCCUUCCGUCUUAAAGUUAACCACAGAGGCCCAAGGGGUCCUGCUCCCCAGUCGGCCGGCCUAUGGGUCGAUCUUGCCCAAGAACGUGAAUUAAACAAAGACGGAUGACGAGGUCCUGGAACUGGAACACGGUGAUGGUUGCACAAUUUUGUAAAUAUACAAAAACCCACUAAAUCGUACACUUUACAGUGUGAGGUUUAUGGUAUGUGAACUACAUCCCAGCAGGAACAAAAGGAACCACCACCUUCCUCACUGGCUAGAAGGACACGGCAUGAGCGCAGCGGCCGCCGGAAGCCCAGGCGCUCCUGGCAAAUGCUGACCCCCUGGCUGAGAUCUGGCCCCUUGUUGGUGACACAGGGGAGGCAGGCAUGCUAUGGCUGCGGCCCUUCCCUGUAGAGGCCCGCAGUGGCUGCCACGGGAGCAAGUGGCUACGAGGCCAAGGCAGCCUGUCCCACACCCUGAAGACAGAAUGACAGGGAUGCGGGCCCCGGACCGGAACCUGCAGGGGAAA